UAGGGUGGGCUAAAUUGGAACAUGGAUAUGCACAAACAUACUUAGUAGCAGGGGGUGGCACUGGGGCGUCCUGUACUUGCUUAGUGACAUACACAUGCUCACGAGGAGUAGGACUCUGUGGCAAAACCUGGAGGUUCCCUUUUGUUUUCAUACAUCAAGGAAGUCGUUGUUGGGAAUAAUUUGAGUUUGGCUGGUUUACUGUGUGGCUGCUGGAUAACCUCUGUGGAUAUUUUAUGUAGCUCAUUGCUACUCGCACACAUUUUGGCAGUCGGUUGUCUGAGUAUGACGAGAUAAGGAGAGCGACAGAUAAACAAGGACAAACAAGCAGACACAUAAAAUCCAACACAGCUCUUGUUCAUGGUGACAGAAGGCAAGAUGUCGAGGCCUCCUUCCUCCCACACCCCUCCUCAGUUCAUCAGGGUCAGCGACAGAGAUCUCACCGAGAUUGAGCUCCAUUCUGUGGACUCCAUCAAUGACCUACACCGAACACACCACGAACACAGCCACAAAGGGAUGAGGCCCCCACGUCCAGCUUACACACCCUCCCUGAAUGGGAAUCUCUACACUUGUGACUUGACAGCUGUCAAUCAAAGAGGCCAUCCAGUUAGCAGCAAAUGGCAGAGCCGUCUACAGGAAAUGUUGACACCCAGUUCAUCACGUGCCUAUGCCAUGGGCUGUGCCAUUAUCACUUUGCUUCUGCUAACAGUGUUGCUCAUCUUCUACUUUUUGGUCCAGCAGGGCGGCGCAGUCCGUAUGCUGACUGAGGCAGUGAGGCAGAAAGAUGCAGCAGUCAUAGAGCUGUCACUGCUCAUUCAAGAACUGCAGGCACUGAGACACAACCUGACAGCCAUGAGGGGAGGGACAUGAGGAACAUAUGGACAGAAAACUACUCAGAUGCAGAUACACUUUUUAUAAUGAAUGUGAAAUGCUUUAAAAUGCAGUAAAACUGUGUUUUACAGUGGGGUUUUCCUUGAAGAGAUACAUUUGUCAAAAUGUUCUCUAAAUGUUGUCUGUGUUUCAAGAUUAAACAUAACUGAACCAUAAGAUUAAGAAAUGGGGGGUUUCGGAAUACCUUUCCCCUCUCUUCUGCUUUGGUCACUAUAUGAAAAAAACUUUUGAACUAUACUUUUUGUUCUGUGAUGGCAGUGUUGGGGAGUAACUAGUUACAUGUAAUUGAGUUACAUAAUUUAAUUAAAAAAUAAAUGUAACUAUAAUCCAUUACAGUUACUUGGAAAAAUGUGUAAUUAAAUUAAAGUUACUUACAUUGGGGUUUACAUCUGAAUAUCUUCUGUAAAAAUCUAGGCUAUAUGUAUAAUAAUCAUUUUGUUACUUUGCAUGUUUUUCAUGUGUAUAAUGUCUUUGCCAUUUCCAGCCACAGCUGUUUAGUAAAGUUUGAUGAUAUUCUGAUGCUUUUGAUUGGUUCUAGUGUUUAAAUUUGCAGUGCCACUCGUCUACCAGUUAAAUUGGCUUUUUCAGCUGAUCUUUCUCGAAAUUUAGAAAAGUAAUCAAAAAGUAAUUAAAUUUAAUAAGUUACAUUACUUUGAUAAAGUAAUUAAUAUAGUUACACCACUAUUACAUUUUAAAUAGGGUAACUUUGUACCGAUUACAUUUCCAAAGUAACGUUCCCAACACUGAGGGAUGGCACAACGGAUUGAAUGAAUGGAGGCAGAAUAUUGCAUUAUAUUACAUUGCAUGAUACAUAUUUAAUGUCUUUAACAAACUGAUUAUUCAUCAUUAUUGCUCAAAAUAAUAAGUUACUUGAAACAUAACUCUCUUUCUAUCAUAAAUUUAUUUCUUGCUGUAUCAUUGCUCACUCAAUAUCAUGGUAUUUUUCAUGUUAUUGGAUUUCUCCUGAAUCACGUACCCGACCUUUAAAUGUGAAAACAAAGAUGAUACUGUUUUCCAAGCAUGUAUAUGUUAGUAUUCUUGAUUUGUUCUUUUUUCAUAAUAAAAGGUUAUAGUGAGCAAAGGUUGAUGACUUCAACCACCAAAUUUAGCAUAAGAUACUGAAUAUAU